GUGAAAAUAAUGAUCAUUAAAAGGCCCACUGGGCUUCAAAGAUCAAAUCCAGUUUAUAUCUAGGCCUCACAAAACCCUAGAUAUAUGAAACCUGAUGGCAGAAGUAAGCUUUCUCUCUUCAUCGUCAUCUUCUUCGCUGUUGCUCGUCGUCGUCAGCAGCAGCAGCUUCUGAAGCUCCCUAACCAUGGCUGUCGGGAAGAACAAGAGGAUCUCAAAGGGUCGUAAAGGAGGCAAGAAGAAGAUUGUUGAUCCUUUCUCCAAGAAGGAUUGGUAUGACAUCAAGGCUCCCUCUAUCUUCAAACAGAGAAAUGUAGGCAAGACUCUUGUUUCCAGAACUCAGGGUACCAAGAUUGCCUCCGAGGGUUUGAAACACAGGGUUUUCGAGGUUUCUCUAGCUGAUCUCCAAGGUGAUGAGGACCACUCUUACAGGAAGAUCCGUCUCAGAGCUGAAGAUGUUCAGGGCAGGAAUGUCUUGACCCAGUUCUGGGGUAUGGAUUUCACCACAGAUAAGCUAAGGUCGUUGGUGAAGAAGUGGCAGACUUUGAUUGAAGCUCAUGUCGAUGUGAAGACAACAGACAGCUACACCUUGAGGUUGUUCUGCAUUGCUUUCACCAAGAGGCGUGCUAACCAGGUCAAGCGUACUUGCUAUGCUCAGUCCAGCCAAAUUCGUCAGAUUCGCAGGAAGAUGAGUGAGAUUAUGGUGAAGGAGGCUUCAUCUUGUGACCUUAAGGAGCUUGUUGCCAAGUUCAUCCCUGAGUCCAUCGGAAGAGAUAUUGAGAAGGCCACUCAGAACAUCUACCCGUUGCAGAACGUGUUCAUCCGUAAAGUCAAGAUCCUCAAGGCUCCCAAGUUUGACCUCGGCAAGCUCAUGGAGGUUCAUGGUGACUACACAGCAGAGGAUGUUGGUGUGAAAGUAGACAGGCCAGAUGAAACAGUAGCUGAGGAACCAACCGAAAUCAUCGGAGCUUAGAGGAUUAUAGAUUUUUUUUUUUUUUCGUUAUGUAGCCAUUGAUGUGGAGUUCUUUGAUGAGAGAACUUCAACUUCAGUGCGACUCUUUUUGUAUUCGUUUUUUGAUGGAUUCCUGUUUUUAUCAUGUUUUGAUAUUAAGUACCUCAUUUCUAUUCAUUCCUGGAUUUGAUUAAA